GACCAGUGAAGGUGAGCUUCAACAUCAUUGGAUACUGGUUACUGACUACCAGAUUGUUCGGCGAAACCAUGGGAGGGAGACUGCCGUUAAUGCGGAAGCCAGUGUCAGAGAUGACUGAAUGUGAUAAUGUAGUGGAGUUGGCGUGUCUUGGACGACCCUUCAGGCUUGGAAUGCUGUAUGACCGUCGCAACGAUUCACUGAUCCCAGGUGUAACCCUAUGGGACAAUGAAGACCUACAAAACAACACUGAUGACAGACCCCAACAGAACACUGAAUUUGAGAUCAUUGCAUCUGAUUCCAUUGAAGACAAGUCUUCAGCACUGAAUGUUGAAGCCUCACUGAAAGCUAGUUUUAUGGCUGGACUGGUUAAGGUUGAGGGUUCUGCAAAAUAUUUGAAUGACACUAAAGUUUCUAAAAAACAGGCAAGGGUGACACUCAAAUACAAAACAACAACAUCAUUUAGGCAGCUGACCAUGAACCAUCUUGGACGAGGGAAUGUCAAAUACCCACAUGUCUUUGAGGAUGACACAGCUACUCAUGUGGUCACUGGCAUACUUUAUGGGGCACAGGCGUUCUUUGUUUUUGAUCGCGAGGUGACAGAUACAAAAGACUGUCAAAAUGUUAAAGGUAAUCUGGAGAUGGUGAUAAAGAAACUAAUAAAUAUUGAGGGUCAGGGUUCUCUAAAAAUGAAUAACACUGACAACUCACAUAUUGAAAAGUUCUCCUGCAAAUUCCAUGGGGACUUUUCUCUUGAAAAUAAUCCUACCUCAUUUCAGGAAGCCAUGAGCGUCUACCAAAGUCUGCCUAAGUUGCUAGGUGGAAAGGGAGAGCAUGCUGUACCUCUGCAGGUGUGGUUGUACCCCUUGAAGAAGUUGGAUUCUGCCGCUGCCCAAGUAAUCCGUCAGAUAAGCAUUGGAUUGGUUAUGCAAGCACAGACUGUUCUAGAACACUUCACUGAAAUGGACAUGCGAUGCAACGAUGUGAUGAAAAACAAAGUUCUUCAAUGCUUUCCAGAGAUUGCCAAAAAGAUUAUAUCCUUCAAAGAAAUCUGCCUGGAGUACAAGCUGAACCUACAAAAGACCUUGUCAAUUAAACUUCAGUGUAUCCGUGGAGAAGGAGAAAAUGAGAGUGUUCUUGCAGAAAUCUUGAGAAGAUCGCAACACUCUCCAUUUAGUAGAAAACUUCUCAGUGAAUGGAUGGAUUGCAAAGAAAGAGAAAUCAAUGUCUUGGAAUCAUUCAUGAAGAUGAUGAAAGACAUCAAAGUGGUCUCUUCAAAGGGUGAACUUGACCAAAACAUCCUGAAUCCAGACCAUAAACAUGCUGUGUGUUUUGCUUUCACCUUAUUGGACAGUGAGGAACCCUAUCUGACAGUUCUGUCAGACUAUCUGAGGGAUCCAACCAGAUCAGAGAACAGACAAGACUCUGAGCCAUACAGAGAUGAUGUGGAGAAGGAACAGUGGUACAACUCCAGGGAGGUUUCUAACACAAUGAGAGAACAGGCAAAACUAUUCAUGGAUUUUGCAGAUGCCCACAAAGACAACAAAGCCAUCCGUUUCAUGGUAGCUGCUAUAACAAAUAAGAAACAUAAAGGUGCCAGUAUUUACCUUUUUAAUGAUGGAUCUGAAAUCACAAACAACUUUGAGCCUCCUUCAAAGCCUGAAAAACCAACAGCAUGUGACAUAACUCAUGACAGUGUGACUAUAAACAUUCAUUUUCCCAGAUUUGGAUCACAGGAUGUCACCCACUACCUAGUUGAAUACUGUGUGGAUGGAAAAGAUGUCUGGUCUCAGGAGAAGGCUUCCAGAGAUGAUCAGACAUUCACAGUGUCUAGUUUGAGUCCCAACACGCUGUACAGGUUCAAAUACAGAGCAGUGUGUUCAGUAGGACAAGGUCCAAGCAGUGACAUCAGUGACAUCAUCAAAACCUUACCCACAAACCCACCUGGAGAACCAACUGUAAGAUCCCGGUCCAAUAUAUUCACAGUUCACUGUCAGAAACCUUCAAUUAUUGGAGAAGGCGUCAGUAUAGAGAACUACAUUAUAGAAUAUAGACCUGAAUCGCCUGGUUCAACAGUGGAUAAAUCAGAGUGGAGGAAGAAGACAUCUCCAGAGGAAAUGUGCAUCAUCCCUGGACUUCAGCCAAAUACAGAAUACACUGUGAGAGUCCGCUGUGACUGUGGUCAGGCUGGCAGGAGCAAAGACAGCAUGUCUGUUACUGUCUGUUUUAAAGGCUAUAUGUCUUUGGCUGAAUCCAUUCAACUGGAGAGUCAACAGCUGAGCCCUGGACCACCAUCUGUUUACAUGAUUCCUCUGACAGAAGAAGACGUACAUAUAGACGGAUGCAAACGUUACCGUUUUGGAGAAGAAAACAAAGUGCUUAAUCGCACCAUCAUGGUUCUUGGAUCAACAGGAGCAGGAAAGACCACCCUGAUCAAUGGGAUGAUCAACUACAUCCUUGGAGUAAAGUGGACUGAUGAGAUUAGGUUUAAAAUGAUUGAUGAGGGUCAGUCAAAAUCCCAAGCUGAAAGCCAGACGUCCCUUGUCACGGCAUAUAAAAUCUACCAUCAAGAACAUUUUCAGGUCCCCUACUCCGUGACCAUUGUGGACACCCCAGGCUUUGGCGACACUCGGGGAAUAGAACGAGACCGGAUGUUGACUGGGCAGAUACACAAUAUGUUUACCUCUCAGAAGGGUGUCACUGAAAUAGAUGCUGUGUGCUUCGUAACCCAGGCCUCUUUGGCACGACUAACAGCUACACAGAAAUAUGUGUUUGAGUCCGUGCUCUCCAUUUUUGGUAAAGAUAUAGCAGACAACAUUCGGGUGCUGGUGACAUUUGCAGAUGGCCAACAGCCACCAGUUCUGGAGGCAAUAAAGAACUCUGAAAUCCCAUGCCCCAAGACAAAACAGGGUCUUCCAGUUCAUUUCAAAUUCAACAAUUCAGCACUGUUUGCAGACAACACAAUGACAUCUAGUUCCAAGACAUGUGCAGCAAAGGAUGAGGAUGAGGAUGAUGAGGAUGAUAAUGUCCAAAACUUUGAUGAAAUGUUUUGGAGCAUGGGUGUUAGUAGCAUGAAGAAGUUUUUCUCUGCCGUAAACAAAUUGGAGACCAAAAGCUUAGUGUUGACCAAAGAGGUCCUUAAAGAACGCAAACAGCUGGAAACGGCUGUAGAAGGUUUGCAGCCACAGGUCAAUGCUGGGUUGGCGAAACUUGAGGAAAUAAGUCAGACAACUCGGAUCAUAGAGAAACAUGAGGCUGACAUCACUGCAAAUAAGGAUUUUGAGUAUGAACUUGAUAUUACUAAGGCAGAGAAAAUCGACAUUUCUGGAACUGGUACCUUCAUCACCAACUGCCAACAGUGCAAUGUGACCUGUCACUACCCCUGCUACAUUCCAGAUGAUAAUCUAAAGAUAAAUUGUGCAGCAAUGACUAAUGGACAGUGCAGAGUAUGUCCUGGGAAAUGCAUCUGGAAUGUUCACUUCAAUAUGAAGUACAGAUUGGAGUAUACAACCGUCACAGAGAAGAGGACAUAUGAGGAGUUGAAGGAAAAGUAUCAAUCCGCUACGGAGGCCAGGAUGUCUGAUGAGGAAGUUAUUAAGAAGCUCAAAGACGAUUAUGAGAAUCUGCAGUCCAUGGUGAAUGACCUAAUCAACCAAUCAGCUAAGUGUUUAGCACGUCUGAAGGAGAUCGCCCUGAAGCCCAACCCAUUAUCCACUUUAGACUACAUUGACAUGCUCAUUGAAGGAGAAAAGACAGAGCUCAAACCAGGCUACAUGGCCCGUAUCAGGGGGUUGGAGAAAAUUAAAUUUCAAGAAAGAUUCAAAUUAGGCAUGGACAAAACAGAGCUCUUACCAUUAGAUGACAAUGGUAAAACAACUACAAAAACAAAACAAGGUGGUGUGGAAACUGAGAAACCAAAUUGGAUUUUUAAGAAAUUCAAAGGUUUCAAAGAUUACUUCAAGCACAAUGAUGAAUGACAAAAUCCUGUUAACAGAUUGCCAAUCUAGAGAUGGCGAAAAACACAUCAACACCAUUAAGUAGUAAAUGACAACAAAUGUAAUAUUUUAAUCAUAUUCAGGCUUCCUGAAGCACAGUAGACAACAUAGUGUAGACACAAAUAGAUACAAAGGGAAAUCAAAUGAUUGGUAAGUUUGUUCUGAUUUUGACAUUUUAUUAAACUAUCAGUUGUUGUUUAUUCCCUUUUUGUGAUGGUGGUGGUUUAAAGGGCUAUACCCAACAGGCCACUGUGCUGGCUAUUUUUAUUUGAUUCUCAGAAUAUGGCCGGGUAUUCUACUUUUGGGUACCAGAGACCAUCUUAAAUAUCUCUUUUGAAGCCAUUUCUAUGGAAGUGAUAAUAUUUUGAGUUUAUAUUGUAAGACCUAGAAAUUGGAAUGUAAAUAGUUGACCAGUGAUCUAGAAUAGUUAAAUUUGAUUGCCUGUUAGAUUUAGUAUAAAAGAAAUAGAACCCUGCAAAACAGCUAGUAGCCAUUGGACUUUGGAGCAACACAGUCCUUUGACCUACACGGAACCUACAUGGAACCACAAUUAAUUUGUAAGAAAAGUAAAGAUCCUAAGUUUUUAUACUUCAUGUUUUGAAAUUCAUAAGUAAACAGUCAAACAAAGAA